AGGUCACCUGGUACACAUCUUGGAGCCCUUGCCCAGAGUGUGCAGGGGAGGUGGCGAGUUCCUGGCCAGGCACAGCAACGUGAAGCUCACCAUCUUUGCCGCCCGCCUCUACUACUUCCAGUAUCCAUAUUACCAGCAGGGGCUCCGCAGGCUGAGUCAGGAAGGGGCCUCCGUGGAGAUCGUGGGCUACAAAGAAACCCAGUGGAGCGAAUGUAUCAAGACACAUUCUCCGACAACUUUUAUAAUAGACCCAUCCUUUCUCAUCGGAAUACCGUCUGGCUGUGCUACGAAGUGAAAACAAAGGGUCCCUCAAGGCCCCCUUUGGACGCAAAGAUCUUUCGAGGCCAGGUGUAUUCCAAACUUAAGUACCACCCAGAGAUGAGAUUCUUCCACUGGUUCAGCAAGUGGAGGAAGCUGCAUCGUGACCAGGAGUAUGAGGUCACCUGGUACAUAUCCUGGAGCCCCUGCACAAAGUGUACAAGGGAUGUGGCCACGUUCCUGGCCGAGGACCCGAAGGUUACCCUGACCAUCUUUGUUGCCCGCCUCUACUACUUCUGGGACCCAGAUUACCAGGAGGCUCUUCGCAGCCUGUGUCAGAAAAGAGACGGUCCGCGUGCCACCAUGAAGAUCAUGAAUUAUGACGAAUUUCAGCACUGUUGGAGCAAGUUCGUGUACAGCCAAAGAGAGCUAUUUGAGCCUUGGAAUAACCUGCCUAAAUAUUAUAUAUUACUGCACAUCAUGCUGGGGGAGAUUCUCAGACACUCGAUGGAUCCACCCACAUUCACUUCCAACUUUAACAAUGAACUUUGGGUCAGAGGACGGCAUGAGACUUACCUGUGUUAUGAGGUGGAGCGCCUGCACAAUGACACCUGGGUCCUGCUGAACCAGCGCAGGGGCUUUCUAUGCAACCAGGCUCCACAUAAACAUGGUUUCCUUGAAGGCCGCCAUGCAGAGCUGUGCUUCCUGGACGUGAUUCCCUUUUGGAAGCUGGACCUGCACCAGGACUACAGGGUUACCUGCUUCACCUCCUGGAGCCCCUGCUUCAGCUGUGCCCAGGAAAUGGCUAAAUUCAUUUCAAAUAACAAACACGUGAGCCUGUGCAUCUUCGCUGCCCGCAUCUAUGAUGAUCAAGGAAGAUGUCAGGAGGGGCUGCGCACCCUGGCCAAGGCUGGGGCCAAAAUUUCAAUAAUGACAUACAGUGAAUUUAAGCACUGCUGGGACACCUUUGUGGACCACCAGGGAUGUCCCUUCCAGCCCUGGGAUGGACUAGAGGAGCACAGCCAAGCCCUGAGUGAGAGGCUGCAGGCCAUUCUCCAGAAUCAGGGAAACUGAAGGAUGGGCCUCAGUCUCUAAGGAAGGCAGAGACCUGGGUUGAGGCUCAGAAUAAAAGAUCUUCUUCCAAGAAAUGCAAACAGGCUGUUCACCACCAUCUCCAGCUGAUCACAGACACCAGCAAAGCAAUGCACUCCUGACCAAGUAGAUUCUUUUAAAAAUUAGAGUGCAUUACUUUUACUCAAAAAUUUAUUUAUGUUUCAAGAAUAAAGUACUAAGAUUGUGCUCAAUACACUCAGAAAAGUUUCAAACCUACUAAUCCAGCGACAAUUUGAAUCGGUUUUAUAAGUAGAGGAAUAAAAUGAAAUACUAAAUCUUUCUGUA